CAGUGAGCUCUGAGCUCAGCCCCCGCUCUGUGGAGGCGGGUCUUUAGGUAGAAAGUGAAGGUAGUUACUUCCCCUACAGACUCUGAGAUUCUGGACCAACGACAACAUGUUAAAAGGCAAAAUUGCCAAACUGACAGUGAGCGACGUGAGAUUUCCCACGUCUCUGGAGCAGCACGGAUCAGACGCGAUGCACUCUGACCCGGACUACUCCGCGGCUUAUGUUGUUAUUGAAAGUGACGAUGGGCUGAAAGGCUACGGGAUCACUUUCACUGUAGGAAGAGGCACAGAAAUCGUUGUAUGUGCUGUUGAAGCCUUGUCUACAUUAGUGAUUGGAAAGACGCUGGAGGGCAUAGUGAGUGACUUCAGUGGCUUCUACAGGUGCCUGACUAGUGACAGUCAGAUGAGAUGGAUUGGACCAGAGAAAGGAGUCAUCCAGCUGGCAACUGCAGCCAUUCUUAAUGCUAUCUGGGAUAUGUGGGCACGUGCAGAGGGCAAGCCCCUUUGGAAGCUCCUGGUUGACAUGGAGCCCAAACAGCUCAUCCGCUGUAUAGAUUUCAGAUACAUCACUGAUGCUCUCACUGAGCAGGAAGCAUUAGAUAUACUGGAGAAGGCAAAGGAGGGAAAGCAGCAGAGAGAGGAACAGAUGCUGAAGGAAGGCUAUCCAGCCUACACCACCUCCUGUGCUUGGCUGGGCUAUUCAGAUCAACAGCUCACACAGCUGUGUUCUACUGCACUGGCUGAAGGAUGGACCAAGUUUAAAGUGAAAGUGGGUGCAGACCUGCAGGAUGACAUUCGCAGAUGUAGCCUUAUUCGGAAGAUGAUUGGUCCAGUGAACACUCUGAUGAUUGAUGCCAACCAGCGAUGGGACGUCGCAGAGGCGAUAUCUUACGUCACAAAGCUAGCGGAGUUCCAUCCCCUGUGGAUUGAAGAGCCCACCUGUCCUGACGACAUCCUUGGCCAUGCUGCCAUCUCCAAGGCUCUUUCACCUUUGGGAAUUGGAGUUGCAACUGGAGAACAGUGUCAUAACAGGGUGAUGUUUAAGCAGUUUCUGCAGGCCUCCGCUCUACAGUUUGUUCAGAUUGACAGCUGUAGAGUGGGCAGUGUCAAUGAGAACCUCGCCAUCAUACUAAUGGCUGCCAAAUUCAGGGUUCCAGUUUGUCCUCAUGCUGGUGGAGUAGGACUUUGUGAGCUUGUUCAGCAUCUAAUUCUGUUUGACUACAUCUCUGUGUCUGCCAGCCUGGAGAACAGGAUGUGUGAAUAUGUGGACCACCUUCACGAGCACUUCAAAAGCCCCACUGUAAUCAGAAACGCCCACUACAUGCCUCCUAAGGAUCCUGGAUUUUCAUCUGAAAUGUUGGAUGAGUCAGUGCAGAAACAUCAGUUUCCUCAUGGAGAGGUGUGGAGAUCCAUCCUGGAGAAGAAAGGAUCUUAAUGCAAUCUCUAAUUGCUGCUGAACAACUGUUACACUGAAUCAGCCUUCAAAAACGAAGUUCAGUCAGUAAAGCCUUUCUCUUUCUUUGAAUUACUGUGAUUUUAAAGAUACCUCCUAUCUGUUUAUUAUACAGAUGCAGCCAUAAGGGACAUCUAAGCACUAAUUUAGAAAGAAUUUGCACUUUUCUAACAGCAACACUUAUUUUUAGCUUCUGACGAAUCAACAUAUUUUGCAUUUUUUCAAAUACAUUUCACUUGUAACCUUAAGUUGUUUAUUCAGUGCAUCAGUGAUGUCUUUCUCUUUUGAGCAUAACUUUUACUGUUGACCCUUCUGCUAAAGUACAGACUGUGCAAAAGACGUAUGAAUGAAAAAUGUUUAAGGUUCACAAACAGUUAAACAAAUAAUUGCAAUAAAAAGUUACAGAAAAUUUUUAUACAUAAAUAUUUACACAUUUUAUUUGAGGAAGUCAAACAGAUUCCAUAAAAUCAGUACAA